UCACCACUGCAGAAAAAGAAACUACAGCCGAGCUGCAGGACACCUGGCUGGGACUGGAUGAACCUUAUGUGGGGAAAGAGGCCACCACAGUCUGCAGGGACAGUAGUGACGUGGAUGCAGAAGGAGGGCAUCCUUGCAAGGAGCUGUGCCUGCCAGUCUUACAAGCUUGUGGCAGCGUUUUCCUGUUAAAUCCUGAUUGACUCAGCCUUAAAGGCUCAGUCCAGGCAAAUAUGUGAUACAGAAGGACACCUUGGGGCAGCUCAGGAUAGCUGGACUCCCAGACAUCAAAAUGACUGAACGCUUCGACUGCCACCAUUGCAAAGAGUCCCUCUUUGGUAAGAAGUACAUUCUGAAGGAGGACAGCCCCUACUGUGUGAAGUGCUAUGAAAACCUUUAUUCCAACACCUGUGAGGAGUGCAAAAAACCUAUUGGAGCUGACUGCAAGGAUCUGUCUUACAAGGACUGUCACUGGCAUGAAACCUGUUUCCACUGCUUCCAGUGCAAGAAUUCAUUGGUGGACAAACCUUUUGCUGCAAAAGAGGAACAUCUACUUUGUACUGAUUGCUACUCCAAUGAAUACUCUUCCAAAUGUAAUGAGUGCAAGAAGACUAUUAUGCCAGGUACUCGGAAGAUGGAAUACAAGGGCAACAGCUGGCACGAGACCUGCUUUAUCUGCUACCACUGCCAACAGCCUAUUGGGACAAAGAGUUUCAUCCCCAAAGACAAUCAAAACUUUUGUGUUCCCUGCUAUGAAAAGCAGUUUGCCAUGCAGUGCGUCCAGUGUAAGAAGGCUAUCACCACAGGAGGCGUCACUUACCGGGAGCAGCCAUGGCACAAGGAGUGUUUCGUUUGUACUGGAUGCAAGAAGCAGUUAUCUGGACAACGUUUUACAUCCAGAGAUGAAUUUGCGUAUUGCCUGAGCUGCUUCUGCAACCUCUAUGCCAAAAAGUGUGCUGGAUGCACAAACCCAAUCAGUGGAGUUGGAGGAACCAAGUACAUCUCCUUUGAAGAACGGCAGUGGCAUAACGAUUGCUUUAACUGUAAGAAGUGCUCACUCUCAUUAGUGGGCCGUGGUUUCCUCACAGAAAGGGAUGACAUUCUUUGCCCUGAGUGCGGGAAGGAUAUUUAAUGAGUGCAGAGAGCAAAGCCUUGCUUGCAAGAUAUAGUCUGAAGUACACAGAUGUUCAGAACUAGCUUUGCCACUCUGUGUUUCACUGUACUAUUAACAUUACUUAACCUGUAUCUUCAGACUCUCCAAAUCUGGAGGGAAAACUUCAAAAUCUCUAGUAGCAGUGCUGGUGUUUAAGACUUCUACAGCUAACCAAAACUAAAGCAAAACCUGAGCUGUGAAACCAUUUGGGUAUUACUGACAUAGCAUACUCUUUUUCUUUGGUUUUCUGUUGUUGUGGGUUUUUUUUCUUUUCCUUCCACUAAAUAUUCCAGUUACAAGCAAGUGAUACAGUUCAAGGAUUACAAUGGCCAACACAUGCUACAUUCACAGAUGGAUAUUUAGGGUGAAAUUCUCAGCCCACUCAAAUAAAUGGCAACACCAUCCAGUUACAGCAAGGCUGUGGGCUCACCUCAGUGUUUCUUGAGCUAUGUGAAUAGUGUGUGCUGUCAAGUGUUUAGGAAGAGUGCAGGUGUAGAGGGUGUUUCGAUGUACAGUUGAAGUGGGACUGCUUCAUAACAGGUACAUAUUUUAUUGCAUGACUAGCUGAUUGUGUGGAGUACAAGUUCUGAUUGACAGUGUCAGUAUUACAGUUAGUCAACAUUACACUGCACAUUGCAUUUUUCAAAAUAAAAUGAUUGAAAACAAAA